AUUCUCCAGUUGCGCUACUUGAAAGUGUCGAGCUGAACUUUUUUUUUCUGUCGAUAGUACAUCAGUUUUGUCGAGCGGCACUUAUCAAAAGUGUCGAGCGACCUACCAUAAAUCAAACUUUUAACCUGAGCUAUCUUUGAGGACGCGUUAUACAGUUUCAACGGGCACCUGGCAGUUAAUCAGACAGUAUUUUCCAUAUUGUAAGAGAACAUCAACCACUCUCCAGACUGUAAAGUCCGUUUCCAUGGCAACGUGGACCCAAGUUCCAAACAGUCAACGCUUUGCACACAACAGUUUUUCUCCGCGUCCAAAAUGUAUUCAGAACCUUCUCCAGUUCUCAUGAGUAACGAUCUCCAACCGACAAAGUCUGGUAUGAAAACAGGGUACCAUGGCAUAAAUGGCCAGAUCUCCCAGAUCCCAGGACUUUCCCCAACUGUCAGCUCUGUUUGUGAGGAGAGGGCCCGUGGGAGGAGAGGAGGAGUCCUAGACAGUGAUUCUGACUAUAUCAAGCUUGCAAAACAAGGAGGACACAAGGGACUCCUGUGGCAUGAGGAGUCAUUUACUUCUCAACCUAUUUCCUACAAACCUCCAAACUGGUUCUGCACCUCAUCAGAAGACAACAGCGGACCCAGCCUAAUUACCAUCGAAAAGAAGAAAAGCCCUGGAGCUUUUCAGCACAUGGAACCACCUUUUGGGACUGACAAUAUGUCAGCUUGGGAGAGGGAUGAUAGCAGCAAUGGCGAAGAGAAGAACAACAAUGUUCAUAACAACCAGAUGGAGAAUUUGCAGUCACCCAGUCAUCAUGAGACCAGCAAAUUCAAGAGGAUAGUAUUUGACAAGAAACCAGCUCCCGUCGACAUGUCGAAGCUGUUGAGUUUUGGUUACGCAGAUGACAACAAACCAACAGUCGACACUUUUGUGUCAAAUUAGAAGACUGCCAGUGAUUGGGACAAGGAUGCACCAUUUUAAAUGUUUCCAACAGGAUUAGCUGUCAUCCUCUUUUCUGACAACAAUUUACUUGUAUCCAGUCAUGCUGAGCCACAUCAAAUGUUACUGAGUUUCACUUUUGUUGUCAUUUCAGAUGUGUUCCUCAAGUGUGAAACUGUUUCACUGAAUUAAAGUUAGGACCUUUUAUAUUUAUUGUGUCUGUUAGCGGUGCCACGUUAACUGUAUUUCUUAAAUAAGGAAGACACAAGUUGAGUCCUGUGUUAAGUUUUUUGCUGUGUCUGUAACUCUGUAAAAGGUAGUUUAUUGUAAGGAAUGUUUGAUAAUUCAAAUAAAUUCAAAGUGAUUCAA